CAUCGGCUUCUCAAAUGAAAACAAAACAACAUGUCGGAUUUGCAGCGCGAAGCUUUGAAGAAAAAAAUCGGUAUUCCUCCACUUCCUUCAAUGUCUGGGAAACUAAAAGGUGUUGGACCUGGGCGAAGGCGAAGAGAUUACACUCCACUUUCUUGGGAAAAAUUCUUUGAUAAAAAAGAAGAUAUACAAGUCAAUGGAACUGAUACAUUCAGAGUGUACAAAUCAGGUGAUGAAGGUCCAUUAUUGGUCCUUCUGCAUGGUGGUGGCCACUCUGCUCURUCAUGGGCAGUAUUUACCAAGGCUGUAACAAGACUAUGUACAUGCCAAGUUCUUGCAUUUGAUAUGCGUGGGCAUGGUGAUACAUAUACUCAAAACUGUGCAGAUUUAUCAGCUGACACACUGUCUAAGGAUGUAGGAGAUCUUGUAAGGACAAUAUAUGGAGAAACACCACCACCAAUCUUGCUAGUAGGACACAGCAUGGGUGGUGCCAUUGCUGUUCAUGUUGGUGCUCAGAAUCUGCUUCCUUCUCUAGUAGGACUYGCUGUUAUAGAUGUUGUAGAAGGAACUGCAAUGGAUGCAUUAUCCUCAAUGCAAAACUUUUUAAAAGGUCGACCAAAGACAUUCAAAUCUUUAGAACAAGGCAUAGAAUGGAGUGUACGAAYUGGUCAAAUUCAUAAUGUAGAGUCUGCAAGGAUAUCAAUGGUUGGACAGCUACAAAAAUGUGAAGAUGAAAGCAAUAAGCCAGACAAACCUUCUUCAGCAUCAAAUGUAAUUGGUGCAAUUCAAGAAGAAGAUGAAAGUGAUGAUCCUGAGCAGAAUCGRGAAUUGUCUGCAGAAAAACCUGAGUCUACCAAAGAAAGACAAGAAACUAGUAGCAGUAGUAGUAGUCCAUCUUCACAAGAGAAGUCUGAAUGCUGGAGAUGGAGAAUAGAUUUAUCAAAAACUGAGCAAUUCUGGGAAGGAUGGUUUGUAAAUCUGUCCAAACUUUUCUUAUCAUGUCGAGCACCAAAGCUUCUUGUACUUGCAGGGAUUGAUCGWUUGGACAGAGAAUUAACCAUAGGUCAAAUGCAAGGAAAGUUUGAAAUGCAGGUUCUUACUAGAUGUGGUCACUGUGUCCAUGAAGAUGCACCAGAUCAGGUAGCAGAGUUGAUCGUGACUUUCCUCAUACGGUUCAAGCUUACACAGGCUAACCAAUCCUUUGAAAGACAUAUGCCUUCAUGCUGAACUAUGUCUACUAGCAGUUGUGGCAAGAACAGCAGAUUCAAUAUACAUAUGUUCAAGUUCAUUUAGCCCUUUUGAUGUUAAUAUACAGUGACAUACAGUCACAUUAAACUGUUCAUAGAGCCAACUGAACAACAACAAAAAGCUGCAGCAGGUUCAAAUAAACAUUGACUGAAGAUAAGCCUUUUAGUAUACAGUGGAUUUCGUCAUUUCACAAGUUUCAAGAUGGUACUGAAACAAAUCAAGCACUGUUAAUUAUGUUCAUCAUUUAUGAAUUCUCCAAUCUGACUGACUACCUUCUUUAGAAUAGCUUACGAUUUUGAUGUAAAACUCUGCAGUUGUUGAAUAGAUUCUUUAUUAUCAUGAUCAUAACUGCUGAUACAAGAAGGUUGCAGACUUUAACCCACUUUUUUUAAAGGCACUUUUAUCCUGGUUUUUGAAGCAAUGAUGACAAAAUAAAAAUAUAUGAAAAGACUUUGA